AUGAUGUUAGGGAAAAGACCUCGUCCUCCGAUGAAAAGAACAACCAGCAUGUCAGAAAUAACCUUCGAUCUGAACACAGUAACACCAGAAGACGAUCCCAACAACAACCCCCUCUUCAGCCCUAACGGACCUGGCGCUGGUCCGUUCGGUCCAUAUCCAUAUCCACAUCCGCCAACUUCUCCUCAAACCAACGGUUCAGAUCAGAGCAGGCUAUUAGCCACAGUCUCGCCCAGAAACCAUAGAAGAAACUCAUCUGAUAUGACUCACACCCCUGAUUUCUUACGCUCUUGCUUUCUCUGUAAACGCCGUUUGGUACCCGGCCGUGACAUCUUCAUGUACAAAGGAGAUAGUGCUUUCUGCAGCUUAGAGUGUCGUCAACAGCAGAUGAAUCAAGAUGAGAAGAAAGAUAAGUGUUGUGUGGCAUCAAAGAAACAAGUUGUUGGUUCUAAAGUUACCGCAAAAAGUGAAAAAAUCGCGGUUGCCACAAGUUUGUAG